GCUUUCCCCACAACAUAGACGCCUCUUGCUGCCUGCAGGAGGAUAGCAGUUGACGAAGAAUCGCCAGCCGGUGAAUGCUCGGCGGUCAUCUAACCAGUUUUGUGCUUGCGCCGCAGCGGCAGUUUUAAGCGGAGUCUAGGGGCGUUUCCACGGUUUCUGACGAUCUCUCCCCCUGGUGUGCGCGAGAUCUGACCAUUCCUCUCUUCUUCGACUUCCCCACACCAUGAGUAGCGGCGAGCAGCCUGUGGAGGGGACCAAUCAGCCGACCACCACGGCUGAGGCGCCGGAGCAGCAGCAGGAGGCCACCGACCAGCCAACCAAUGGCAUGGUCAAGCAAGACGCGGCAUCCGACGAGCCACCGCCGCAGGGGAUGGAGGAGCAAGCCAUGACGCAUCCCGCCCCCUCUGAGGCGCCUGCAGCGUCCGAUGCGCCUGCAGCUGACGCAGCGGCGGCUCAGGCGGCGCCGAGCUACCAGGAGACUGGCGUGUCGUAUCAGCCAUCGGCGUAUGUGGGUGGCGAGGGCGCCGCGGCAGCGGCCGAGCGACAUGACCCGCAGUACUACGCAUCGGGUGCUGUGGGGGGGCGUCUGCCGGCUGCACUCAACGACCAGGGUGAGCCGGACGGACAGGAGGGACAUGGGUAUGCACCAUGUCAUGUGUGCAAGUGACGAGUGUGGCAUGGUGUGUGGGUGUGCGCAGAGAGGAAUCCGAACAAGGUGUUUGUUGGAGGGUUGGGGACGUGCACGACGUCAGAGACCAUCAGAGCGCACUUCUCAAAGGUGAGGAGGGGAGAAAGGAGGGAGGGACGUCGGGCGUUCGUUGGACCAUGUGUUCCUCAUGUGUGUCCCUCCUGUGUGUGCAUGUGUCUGUGUGUGUGGUGUGACAUCAGUUUGGCGAGAUCAUAGAUGCCGCGGUGGUGUGCGAGAAGCACUCAGGUCGCUCUCGCGGGUUCGCCUUCGUUCUGUUCCGGGACGCACACUCCGUAGAAGCCUGCAUUAGGUGAGGCACGAACACAUAGAUAUGCACCGCUCCCACCACCCACGUGCAUCACGCCGCUGUGGCGUGUUGUGGUUGGUGUUGUCCCUUCAGGGAGAAGCACAAGAUCGACGGCGUGGCGGUACGCCACACCCACACCCAGCACAACACAAAGAACACAGACAGCACGAUCGCUGCAUCCACUCAUGUGUCGUGGCUUGUGUCAUCUCGUCCUUGUGUCAGUGUGACGUGCGUCAUGCCGUGCCUCGCGAGGAGGCGCGCGAGACCCCUGCAUACGACACCAUACAGCACCCGGCCAAAAUAUUCGUCGGCGGACUGCCAGAGGAACUAGACGAGAGUAAGCUGAGCGGGCACUGCCGGCGCAUCGACCCACCUGCUCACUCACCCCUCACAUGCGUUUAUUGUAUGUGUGUGGUGUUCAGCUGAGUUUCGUGCGGUGUUUGAGCGCAUUGGGCGCGUCAAGGAGGCCACACUCAUGUACGACAAGUUCUCACACAAGCCCAGAGGUCAGCCACCGGAACAGAUCGAACCUCACAAUGAAUGCAACCCACCAUCUGUCACGACGUCACCCUGGUGUCUCUCUGUGUGUCUGUCUGUCUGUUGCUUGUGCAGGUUUUGGAUUCGUGAUAUUUGAAGAGCACCAUGUGGCUGAGCGGGCCAUCGGCAUGCACAACAUCAAGGGCCGAGAGGUGCGAUCGCACUCUCAUCACACGCACGACAUCCAUCCAGGCUCUCAUCCUAUUCACUGAUGUCUGUGUGUCUGUCUGUGUGUGUGUAUGCGGAUAGUGCGAGGCGAAGCGUGCCCAGCCUCGCGACCAGAACGACCCCCGACGGAUGGGCCGUGGCGGCUACGGCUAUGGCGGCAGGGGAGGGGGCGGCAGGGGGUACGACUCAUUCGGUGAGCGGCCCGGCCCACCAGCCGAAGAACACACUGACGGGUGGAUAUAUGGAUGUGUGCCUGUGUGUUGCUGUCAGGUUCACCUCCGUAUUCACGUGGUGGCGGUAGGGGAUUUGGCCGCGGAUAUGACGCAUACGGUGCGCCAACCACACACACAUACACACACACACAUGCGUGGAUGCAUCCACACAUGCCAUCCACGCAUCUCCCCUGACCCACCCACACCCCUCCUUAUGCACUAGCACAGGAAGGCCCUCAGACGAGCGAUCUUCAUGGUAUGGUUGUCCGUUGCUGUCUGUCUGUCUGUCUGUCUGUCUGUCUGUGUCUGGCCGUCUCGCCUGGCUGCUCGUCUCGUCUGUCCGUCUGCCAUGCCAUGCCAUGCCAUGCCCCCCUCACGCAUCGCAUGCCAUCCCAUGCCAUUAUGCAUUGUGCACACACCAUGCGUGAUGCAUGAAGGUGGUGGGUACGGCCUGUCACCCUCAAAUGGAGCUUAUCCCUCUUCCAGUGCAGGACACGCCGGAGCAGGAGGAAUGGUGGCUGGACUGGGAACUGCUAUUGGAGUCACUGGGGCUGCAGCAGCCGGACCUGCCGCACACCCACACCCAUGGGCAGCACACCAGCAGCCAACCGUCAUCGGAGGAGCAGCCGGACAACACGGAGCACCAGCAGCAGCCGCAGCACCAGGGGGAGUCUUCCCAGCCCCCGGCGCCCAGCCCACUGCACCAGGCAUGUACUACGGGGCGUGGGGAUACCAAGACCCGAACGCAGCCGCAUUCUACGGAUACGGUGCGCAACUCACACGCACACACGCAGAGAACACACGGCAUUCACUUCAUGAUCACACAUGUUCGUGUGUUGUGGCGUAUCAUGAUCAGGUGGGUACCCCGGUGCCGCAGCAGGAGCGUACGGCGCCCCCCAGCCGGGCGUCACCCUGCCCAACCCCUACGACCAAACUUCAUACGCAUACGGCGCGGCAGCCGGCGGGCCGCAAAGGGACCCUCGCACACAACACAGGACCACGCCAUACUAGCGGGGGAGGAGGCGGCACCAAGGCAUCGGGGGCCGCCGGCAGCCGACGGGCAGCGGCGGGCCCGUUUGUCAGUACCAGUACCAGCAGCGAGGAGGGUCCCUUGUGUGUGUAUGAUGGCACCAAGUACGAGAAGCAGUAUCCGAGUUUGGGGGACGUAGUGGGGGCGGGGGGGAAGAAGGGCAAGUGGGGUCGGCGGCUGGCUGUGGGGAGUGACGAUCGAGGCGCAGAUGACGACAACGAGGAGGAGGACGGCAGCAGCAAGACCAAGAAGGGCAACACGAAAGAGGACAAGGACCUGGCGGCAUCUCUUUUCCGCUUCUCGCCCGUCAAGAAGUCCACCAAGCUGUCAGCCAAGGCCCCGCCGGUCCCCAUCGCAACAUCACUCGCGCAGCAACCGAGCAGCUCGUCUUCCCAUCCGUCGUCCUUCCCCUCCUUCCCUUCCAUGUCGCCCCCCUCGCCAGCUCCCCCUCCCCUCCCUCCCCGUCCGUCGUGCGCGCCGCCCCGGCUCUGUCUCGCCCAGAUCCAUGCGCUGCAGCCGCCCGUCUUCGCGCCACCCAUAUACCCGCCACCCUCUUUCUCCUUCUGGCUGGAUCAAGAGGAGCGGCUCGACCUCAAGCAGCACCCAUUCCCACUCGAGCUGCCCCCCAAGCUCGACAGCCCGACGAGCGAGUCGCAGCCCUCGUCAAUGCCUUCCUCAUCGCCCGUGCCGACAGCUGUAGUGACGGCCGACUGCUCACCGUCAUUCUCGCCAGUGGAGACCAAGCACCAUGAGGCAGCUGCUGCCGCCGCCGAGGACGAGACGCCCAAGGCAGAGACCAGCGAGCCGCCCAAGCGUAUCCGCAAGGGCCGCGGGCUGUUCGUCUACGGCAAUGGGGGCGGUGGUGGCGGGGGGGGAUCUGUGACGUCACACGCAACCGACGAGGCGUCCCCCUCCGCUCGUCUGCACAUGGACGAGUGCCCACGGAGGCGCAGGGAGGGCGUGUGUAGGGUGCAACCAUACAUACCUCCUGCGGCGCGCAAGAGGGGGGCGAGUCGUGGCGUGGGAUUGUAGAGGGAUGGUCAGACAGAUAUGGCUGGGUGAGUGGACGGGUGGGGUGGUUGGUUGCUCGGAUCUGCUGAUUGUGCUAGGUAGGUGCCAGAUUGUAGGCUGCUGCUGCUGCUGCUGUGCUGGUCGUGCGGUGGGCGCGUGAUGGCCUGGCCGAUCGAACUUGCAUUUGUGACGAUUGCUGUGAUCCACACAUUCACACAUGCAUAAUACAUGGCCUGCAGACUGCAAUGCUCCGUCAUUCAAAGAUCCGCUCU